AUGAGCAAGCACAAAUAUGUUUUGGACGCGAACAGCGUCAUUAAGUGUAAAGAUUUAUUGUUCUCAAACUACGACUGCUACAUCACAGAAGGAGUUAUAAAAGAAAUAAAAGAUGAGCACUCGAGGAAGAGACUCAACAACAUGAUGCCGCUGCUAACUGUUGCGCAGGCGGAAGAGAGGGAUGUGAAUUUUGUAAAAUAUUUUUCCAAGUUGACAGGGGAUUACGACUCGCUGAGUGAGGUAGACAUAGACGUCAUUGCGCUGACUUAUAUGCUGCACCGUAUGUAUGGAGAUGUGUCCGAGCUGAAUGCCGCUCCCAUGGAAACCAUUUAUAAGUACGACCAAGUUGAGUUUGAUUAUCCGGAGAAGGCGGACCCAGGGAUGGACGAUUUGAAGCGGGAAGAUGGCGUCGCGGGGGGGUGCGACAUGCUAGACGGGAGUGAUUCCGAAGCGGGUGGAAGUAUAAACGGGAGUGACGCAGAAGGGAGUGGAAGUAUACGCGAGAGUGAUGCCGUCGCGGGUAGAAGCCUACACGAGAGCGAUUCCAACGCUGGUGAAAGCCUACACGAGAGCGAUUCCGACGCUGGUGGAAGCCUACACGGGAGCGAUUCCGACGCGGGUGGAAGUAUAAACGGGAGCGAUUCCGACGCUGGUGGAAGCGCUCAUGGAGACGGCUCACCCGAAGCACGGAGACGAAUCCGCGGGUGUGAAGUAAUCAAAGAGGAAGUCGUACAAGUGGCGGAGGAAGACGACGAAGAGGGCGGCCAAUGGAUAAACAUAAACAAUUACUACACACAAAAUGUAGACGUAAACAAGAAAGAAAAAUUUACCCCAAAAGUAGCAUGCGUAACGACCGAUUAUGCCAUGCAAAAUGUUAUUUAUCAAAUGGGGUUAAAUGUAAUAACUUUGGAUGGAUUUAAAAUAAAUUCUAUAAAAUUAUGGGGACAUAUAUGCACAUCAUGUUACACAUUUAUAAAAAAAACUUCCCUUGUUUUCUGCUCCAAAUGUGGAAAUAAUAACUUGAGAAAAGUCAAUGUCGUGGUAGAUAAUAAUUUAAAAAAGCUAGUCGUGAAAAUUCCCCAAUUUAGGGUUAAUACGAAAAAUACCAUUUAUAGUAUUCCGAAAAAAAAAAAUUCAUCGAAAAAAAAAUUUCAAGAUAAGUUGGAAAUAUUUAGGGAAGAUGAGUUGCUCAUCGGGGGGAGAAAACAAUUUUUAGCACAUCAGAAAAAGCUUUACGAAUCUCAGAAAAAUAAAAAGGACCCCUUUAGUGGAGACAACCUGCAUGACAACUAUGCCAAUGAUUGGACCUACAGGACGACUUUGAAAAAUGGCAAGGUGGCCAUUUUGACCAACCCGAAAAUUGUCGUGGGGGGGAAGAAGAAGCACGCCCACAGGAGGAAGAAGAAGUAG